AUGCUCCGCAUUCCGCGCCAUGCGUUGAGAGCUAUCGUCUACGGGCCCCAGUCCUGGAACCGGCUCAUUGGCAUCCGCUAUGCCAGAACCAAAGCCCGUGCUGUGCCCGCCGACGCGCCUCCGGUGCCCGACGCGCCUCCACCACCGAUAACGAGGCCCAACAUACAACUGCGCGAUUACCAGGAAGAAUGCAUCCAGAGCGUCCUCACUUACCUUGAGAAAGGCCACAAGCGACUCGGCGUCUCGUUGGCGACUGGAAGCGGGAAGACGGUUAUUUUCACCCAACUGAUUGACCGCGUCGCGCCUCCGAACGACGAUGCGACGCAGACACUCAUCCUUGCCCACCGACGGGAGCUCGUCGAACAGGCAGCUCGCCACUGCACAAACGCAUACCCGGACAAGACGGUGGAUGUGGAGAUGGGACCCGUCCAUGCUACAGGCGCAGCCGACAUCACCGUGGCCUCGGUGCAGAGCAUCACGUCGGGCGAUCGAAUCGAAAAGUUCGAUCCGAAGAGGUUCAAGCUCGUUCUGGUCGACGAAGCCCAUCACAUUGUGGCCAAAGGGUAUUUGGAGGCUCUCGAAUGGUUCGGCCUGAGGCGAAAAACCGAUUCCGCCACUGCGCUGGUCGGCGUCUCGGCAACCUUUUCCAGAUUCGACGGGAAGAAAUUGGGUACCGUCAUCGACCACGUCGUCUAUCACCGAGACUAUGUCCAGAUGAUCGAAGACAAAUGGCUGUCCGAUGUCAUCUUCACCACUGUUGCUUCCAAAGCCGACAUCUCCAAGGUUCAGCUCGGAGUCAACGGUGAUUUUCAUACUGGCGCAUUGUCCCAAGCGAUCAACACGGACGAGACGAACGAAAUCACCGUGCGUUCGUGGUUGGCCAAAGCCGGUGACAGGGAGUCCACUCUGGUGUUCUGUGUUGAUCUAGCACACUUGACGGAUUUGACGGCGACUUUCCGCAGGCAUGGAAUCGAAGCUAAAUAUGUCACUGGUGACACGCCGAGCAAGCUUCGAGCUGAGCGCAUCGACCAAUUCAAGCGCAAGGAGUACCCGGUGCUCUUGAACUGCGGAGUCUUCACCGAGGGCACUGACAUCCCGAACAUUGACUGCGUCAUUCUCGCCAGGCCCACGAGGUCACGGAACCUGCUCAUUCAGAUGAUUGGUCGAGGCAUGCGACUGCACUCUGGAAAGGAAAACUGCCACAUAAUCGACAUGGUCGCGACACUGGAAACGGGAAUCAUCACCACGCCAACUCUCCUGGGAUUGGAUCCUGACACUAUUCUCGAACAGACUUCUGCAGAUGAUGCCAAGAAGAUCCAGGAACGAAAGGAAAAAGAAAAGAUUCGCGAGCAAGAGCUCUCCCAGGUUGGGCCGGGCGCUUCAUCUGGCCCAGUCCAGACCAAAAGUACAGUCACAUUCACGGAUUACAGUUCUAUCCACGAUCUGCUUGACGACACCUCUGAGGAUCAAAGUGUCCGAAAGAUAAGCAACUUCACGUGGGUUUGCGUCGGACAAGACCGCUUCAUCCUCACGUGUGCCCAAACCGGCCAUCUCGUUGUGGAGCGGAACGAGGAGGGGUCGUUCAUCGUCAAGUAUACUCAGGUUAUACCCAUAUGGAAACGAAGAGCUGGAUCGUCCCCUUUGGGCAGAUCCCAGCUCAUCGCCGAGGCAGAGACACUAGACCACGCAAUACGCAGCGCCGACACGUUCGCGGCUGAGACAUUCCCGUUGGUGUUCAUCGAAAAGUGGGCGCCUUGGCGCAAAAAACCCGCGUCAGAGGCACAGGUUGAGAUCCUCAACAAGCUGCGGGACAAGGACAACCAGCUGACGGUGGAGGACAUCACCAAGGGCCAGGCCAUGGACCAGAUCACGCGAGUCAAGCACGGUGCCAAGUCGCGAUACGCGAAGAUCAAAGUGCAGAAUGCAAAGAGGGAGCGGGAGCAGCAGCGGGAGCGGCGGCAGCUGGAGAAGCUGAACCCCACGGUGAAGGUUGGGCCUCUGGCGCAAGAUGCGUGA